UAUUAUUAUUAUAUUUUAUGGUUUCCAACAGGAUUGAAAAAACGUACAAGAAAAGCCUUUGGGAUACGGAAGAAAGAGAAAGACACUGACUCAACAGGUUCGCCCGACCGAGAUGGAAGUAGGAAGAGCAACGGAGCUCCCAAUGGAUUCUACUCCGAGAUCGACUGGGAGCGUUAUAAUUCCCCAGAGGUUGAUGAUGAAGGUUACAGCGUCAGACCAGAUGACAAAUCAGCACCUACCAAAGAGAAGCACUUUUACUCCUCGAGCGAAUCGGAGUCGGAGGAAGAUCACCGUAAGAAAUUCACCGUCAACAUCCGGCCGCUGCCCCCCGUGGACGCCCCUCCCUGCGUGGCCCCCAGCGUGGACGAGCUGAAGGCUUCCGUGGGCAACAUCUGCCUCUCACCGUCCCCAGUGAGGAGAAGUCCGAGACGGAGCCCGGGGUCCAUCAAAAGAAAUUUAUCUUGUGAAGAAAUCGCUCGCCCCAGACGAUCAACCCCCACUCCCGAGCUCGUCAGUAAGAAGGAGCCAGAGGACCCAGUCUCUCUGGCUCCUCUCUUCGGCCCCCCAUUGGAGUCAGCGUUCCACACUCUCAAAUCAGAAGGAGUCAUCGACCAACCGGAGAUCUGGGCUCCCGUCUCGGCCGACGAUCCCCAAAAUGAGUUGUCGUCCUCAGCACUGUGCUUUCCGACCGGAGCACCUCCUCCGCUGCCUCCGAAAAAUGUCCCGGUCAGCCCGCCCCGCACAACGUCACCCUCAGCGGACGGAUCAGGUUCCUCGUCUCCGGCUCGGCCCGCGACCCCCUCUGGUGGACGGAGCAGCACCCCUCCCCCGCCCCCACCGCGCCCUACCUCCCGGCCAAAGCUUCCCCCUGGAAAACCCGGCAUCAGUGACAUGUCCAGACCGUUCAGCCCUCCCAUCCACUCGUCCAGCCCUCCCCCAGUGGCACCUCUAGCCCGGGCUGAAAGCACCUCCUCCAUAUCCUCCACCAACUCGCUGAGCGCUGCCACCACCCCGACUGUCGAGAAUGAUCAGCCCUCCUUGGUAUGGUUUGAUAGAGGCAAGUUUUAUUUAACUUUCGAUGGAGCCUCGCGAGGUCCCAGCCCACUGACCAUGGGGGCCCAGGACACGCUCCCGGUCGCUGCCGCCUUCACCGAGACCGUCAACACCUACUUCAAAGGAGCAGAUCCCAGCAAGUGUAUUGUGAAGAUCACGGGGGAGAUGGUGCUGUCCUUCCCGGCAGGAAUCACCAGGCACUUUGCCAAUAACCAGUGUCCCGCAGUCCUCACCUUCUGCAUCACCAACUGCACCAGACUCGAGCACAUGCUCCCCAACCCCCAGUUGCUCUGCAGCAGUUCUUCUCAAGACGAGGGCAGCAGCAGGGAGUUCUGGGUGAAUAUGCCCAAUCUAAUGACGCACCUAAAAAAAGUGGCUGAGCAGAAACCAUCGGCCACAUAUUAUAACGUGGACAUGUUAAAGUACCAGGUCUCCUCACAGGGUGUCCAGUCCACACCAUUGAACCUUGCAGUCAGUUGGAGGUGUGAGCCCACCAGCACUGACCUGCGCAUCGACUACAAGUACAACGCGGAUGCCAUGGUCACGCCCGUGGCUCUCAACAACGUCCAGUUCCUGACCACGGUGGACGGACGGGUGGCCAAGCUACAGGCAGUGCUGCCCCCUGCUGUCUGGAGUGCAGAGCAGCAGAGAAUCCUGUGGAAAAUCCCGGAUAUAUCCCAGAGAUCGGAAAAUGGAGGUGUGGGCGCGCUCCUGGCCAGGUUCCAGCUGUCUGACGGCCCCAGCAAACCCGCCACCCUGGCCGUGCAGUUCACCAGUGAGGGCAGCACGCUGUCAGGGGUGGACAUUGAGCUGGUGGGAGCAGGUUACAGGUUCUCCCUCAUCAAGAAGAGGUUCGCAGCAGGGAAGUAUAUGGCUGAUAACUGACUUGGUUUCCACACAGCCCGGCAUUGACCCUGGGAGCAGAUGUUUAAACACAGGCAGGAGCUAUUUGGUUGAGCUGGGGAAAAAAAAACCUCACAAACGAACUUUAACUUGCACCAAACUUAUAUAUAAAACCUUCUCUGUUCUGUGUGGAGCAGGCGAUUUGCUGUGACUCCACGUUCCUGCAGUAUUAUUAUCUGAUCGAUGUGACAUUGGUAACAAUUCGUAUUUUACAGUGUAAUAAAUGUAUUUGUAAUUUGGUAUUAAUAACCCACCUCACC